CAGUCCAUUUUCUUGGUGUUAGGGUUUCUUAUAUAACUCGCCAAGCCUUAUUGACGAGCUUCAGUUUGUUGGGUUCGAGUAUCGUAUCUCUCGACUCAGAAUCAAUUAAUCUUCGAUCAUUAUUCCUCCGUUUGGUAAUCUUGAUGCCACUUUUCAAUUUUCAAUCUCCCUUAUAAUGUCAUGGUGCUGUCAAUUUCGGUGUGACGAUGGCUUAAUCCUUCAAACGAGAAUUUCUAAUUUAUAGCUUCUUGGAUUUUCACCUUAGGGUUCCUCCGUUGUGCUGAACGUGAUAGAAUAUGUACUCGUCUAGAGGCGGUGGUAACUACGGACAGCAGUCAUCAUAUGCUGCACAGACUGGAUAUGGCCAAAAUUUGGGUAGUGUCUACCCUGGGAAUUCUGUUGGGGGACCUGACUCGCAACAGCACUCCAUGGCCUCUAGGCACUCCUCAAUGUUGGGAGCUUCACAGGAAGCUGAUACUGCAUAUAGGUCACAUCCAUCAAGCACCACUCAUUAUGGAGGGCAGUAUAGUUCUGUGUACAGCUCAGUUGCAUUGAGUAGCAAACCACAGGGUCCUCCACUGAGUGCCAAAGGGAGUAGUGUUGCAUCAGCUUUGGACGGUCGAGGAGGCUAUGCCCCAGCCGUUCCUGAUUCCCCCAAGUAUCUGUCAAGUGACUAUAUAUCAUCUUCAAACCAUGGCUAUGGUCAUAGAACUGAUCAGUUGUUCACUGAAAAGGUCACUGAAUAUCCUACUCUUGAUAGGCGGCAAUAUAGUGAGCAUCAGAGUGCUUAUUUAGGGAGGGAUUUGAAAACUGAUGCAGCUGGUAGAUUUUCUGAAUCUACUGUUGGCUUUGGGCAUCAACGUCAUGCUGACUCGUAUGACCGUGUUGACCAGAUGUCCUUGCUUCGUCAAGAGCAGUUACUAAAAGCUCAAUCUCUGCAAACAGCAGAUGCCCUUGAUGGGAGCUCAAGACAAAAUGAUUAUCUUGCAGCAAAGGCUGCUGUUAGUCGUCAUUCCACCCAAGAACUUCUCUCUUAUGGAGUAAGAGUAGAUGCCGAUCCUCGCAAUGUGUCAGUGCUUAAUGCUUCUUAUGGUGGACAACACUCGACAUCAAUUUUAGGGGCUGCUCCGCGUAGAAAUGUGGAUGAACUUAUCUACACCCAGAGUUCAUCAAAUCCAGGUUAUGGAGUGAGCUUGCCACCAGGUAGAGACUAUGCUGCAGGGAAGGGCCUUCAUGGAACUUCUCUUGAGUCAGAUUAUUCAGGUAGUAUGUUGACACGUAAAAGCCAUCCAAGGAUGGAUGAGCACAAAGAUAAUAGAGCUGGUUAUCUUCGGGAAUUCGAGCUUAGGGGGGAGGAUCACCAAAGGGAGCGUUUUCGCAUUAGAGAGAAAGAAAGAGACAGGGAGAAGGCACGCGAACGAGAACGGGAACGGGAACGGGAACGUGAACGUGAACGGCGAGAACGUGAACGUGAACGGGAUAGAGAACGAGAAAGAGAACGGGAAAGAGAGCGCAUCUUGGAAAGGCAGAAAGAAAGAGACAGAGAUCUCAAAUGUGGGCCUGAAAUUCGGCGUGAACGCACUCCACCAAGAGUUUCUAAGGACAGACGUGGUUCCUCUUUGUCAAAGGAGAGGAGACCAUUACGCCGAGAUUCUCCGCAUUUUGAAGCUUUGCAUAGGCAUCACUCACCUGUUAAAGAAAAAAGGAGAGAAUAUGUCUGCAAGGUGUACGCGCACAGUUUAAUAGAUGUACAGCGGGAUUAUUUGUCAUUAGAAAAGCGAUAUCCCCGACUCUUUGUAUCCCCAGAGUUUUCAAAGGUUAUUGUGAAUUGGCCAAAGGAGAAACUCAACCUUUCCCUUCAUACUCCUGUCAGUUUCGAACAUGAUUUUAUUGAAGAAGGGACUGUAUCUGGCUCAAAAGUGCUUUCCGAUGAGCUUAAGGCUAGAGAACCUGAGAAAUCAGAUCCUGUGAAUAUAGUAUGGAAUGUGAAGAUUAUUUUGAUGAGUGGUAUCAGCAAAAAUGCUCUUGAGGAGUUAUCAUCUGAGAGAAGUUCGGAAGACCGCAUACCCCACUUUUGCAAUAUCCUUAGGUUUGCCAUUCUUAAGAAAGACCGCAGUUUCAUGGCAAUUGGUGGUCCAUGGCAAUCGUCUGAUGGUGGUGAUCCUUCAGUUGAUGCUGACGCUUUAGUUCAAACGGCCCUUAGAUAUGCAAAGGAUGUUACGCAACUAGACUUGCAAAACUGCCACCAUUGGAAUCGUUUCCUAGAGAUACAUUAUGAUAGAUAUGGCAAGGAUGGGGUUUUCAGCCAUAAAGAAGUCUCUGUACUACUUGUUCCAGAUUUAUCUGAUUGUCUCCCUUCAUUAAAUGUGUGGAAGGAACAAUGGCUUGCACAUAAAAAGACUGUUGCUGAGAGAGAGCGCCACAUUGUACUGAAAAAGGAGAUAUCCAAGGAGGCAAAGGAAGGGAUGGAAGAUGAUAAGGUGUCAACCAAUCAAGCAGACAUAGAUGAAAAGGAAAAGAGUGACAACGGAGACAAAAGGAAUACAUCCGAGGGAAGGGAGGGUAAUGAAAGCAAGGAUGCUGAGAAUGUUGAGAAACCAGAUCAAGGAGAAGUUGCUGGUGAUACACAGAAAGUUGGCACUGUGAAAUCUGGAAAAAAGAAGAUUGUGAAGAAGAUUGUCAAAAAGGCCAAAACGGUUGGUGAUGUAGCCAGCAAGAAUAAUGUCAAGCUGGAUGAAAAGGCUAGUGGAGAGAAGAACUCUGACAUUCCGGCGGAUCAACCUUCCAGUGAUUCUCCUGCUGUGAAGACAUUUGGAAGGAAAAAAGUAACUAAACGGGUGGGCAAAAGUCCUUCUCAAAAUGAAAAAAAUAAAGAUAUACUUCCAAAAGUAGAAAAUGAAAUGGACUGCUCUGAGGAUAAGUCUAAGGAUAAUUCAGAUCUCAAUGCAACAGUGGGUCAAGAUACUACUGUUGUGAAAACAACUGUGAAAAAGAAAGUUAUUAAGAGGGUUCCUAAAAAAAAAGUUACUGCUGUGGUAUCUAGCGAGGAAGUUUCUAAAACAGAUGAAGAUGGUGAUGGGAACGAGAAGGUUACAACAGAUGAAACACAUGAUGUGGAGAAGUCCACUAUAGAUGAUAAACAAGAAACGAUGAUUCCUCAAUCAAAGUCGACAUCGCCUACUUCAUUGAAACCUCGUGAUUCUGUAAGUUUGAAUAAGGCUGAGAAAGAGAAUGUGAAGAAUGACAAUGAAACUGGCAAGGAAAUCAGUCCUGUGACCAAUUCGAUUGACAAACAAAAAGUUGGUGAGAAGGAUAGCGGUAACGGAAAGAGAGAAAAAUCUAGAGAUAGCGAACAAUCUAAAGAUGAGAAAGAGAAAAUGGGUAAAGAUGAGUCUAGAAGCAAACCAAACAAAGAAUUAAAAGAAAAGAGAAAGCCUGAAGAACCUCAUCGACAUCCGGGGUUGAUACUACAGACAAAAUGCAGCAAGGAUUCCAAAUUUCGGUCAUUGUCGCUUUCCCUUGACUCACUCUUGGAGUAUACAGACAAAGACAUUGAAGAAUCAACUUUUGAGCUUUCACUCUUUGCUGAAUCACUCUAUGAAAUGCUUCAGUAUCAGAUGGGAUCCCGUAUUUUAACUUUCCUCCAGAAAUUGCGUGCCAAAUUUGUGGCAAAGAGAAAUCAGCGAAAGCGGCAACGUGAAGAAAUCCAAAAGGAAGACGAUAAAAAAUCAUCACCGAAACGGCCAAAGACUACCGACAUUCCUAUUGAAAAUCAAUCUAUCGAACCAGAAACAUUACAUCUAUCUCAAGCAGGUGCUGAAACACCUGCAGUGGAGGGGAAUGACUCUGCUGGUCAUGUUGAUGAGAUAAAGAUGGAAACUGAAACAGAUAACGGUGAAGAUCCAGAAGAAGAUCCUGAAGAAGAUGAGGAACUGGGCGACAAUGAAACGGAUGCUACAGUUGAAACUAAUGAUGAAAAGGAUGCUACAAUGCAAACCAAUGAAGAGGAUGCCAAGACUGAAUUGAAUGAAGAGGCAAAGGCAACAGCAAAUGUUGAGUCUGAAAAAGUUGCAGCAAAUCAACCUGACAAAGCCAUGGUGUCGAGCCAGGAGACUCUUAGCAAGAAAACGACAGAGUCCGAUAAAAGAGGGGCAGAAGAAGAGUCGAAGAAGAAAGAAGUUUUGUGUUCGCCUCCCAAAGAGGCCGUGGUAGACAAGGAGCUACUGCAGGCUUUCAGGUUCUUUGAUCGAAACUUGGUUGGUUAUAUUCGGGUUGAAGAUAUGAGAAUGAUGAUCCACAAUUUGGGGAAGUUCCUUUCGCACAGGGAUGUAAAGGAACUUGUGCACAGUGCAUUGUUGGAGAGCAGUACUGGAAGAGACGAUCGGAUCCUCUAUGGGAAACUUGUACGAAUGUCUGACAUUUGAAAUUAUAGUUUAGUAUAGUAUUGUUAGCUUUUUGGCCUGAAACUUAGAAGAUUUGGGCGCUUUUGAAUUUUUCCAUGUUCAUAUUACAUUCACACUUCCAUCCGUUGAAGAUAAAUACGAUUUCUAUUUUCUUGGAACCUAUUAGAUUCAAACUUGGAUUAUUCUUUUU